UUGCAAUGAAUUGUGGGAUACAAAAUUCCGUAGUAAGAAAACGCGAGACUGCUUUAAAAUCAAUGGAACCGACGGAUAACAAUUAAACUGCCAUAAAUUUCUCUUAAGAAAGACUUGCAUUGGAAUUUUGACACAUAUCCUCCACAAUGGAUGCAAGAAUAGUCAAGAAAACUCAGGAUACUUUGGGGAAAAUAAUCAAGAAGCCACCACUCACUGAAAAAUUGUUGAAUAAACCACCGUUCCGAUUUUUACAUGAUAUAGUGACUUCGGUAAUUAAAACCACAGGUUUUAUGAAUGGACUUUUCAAAGAAGAGGAGUUGAAUUCAGAAAAUGUAAAGGAUAAAGACAGCAAAAUUGCUUUCCUACAGAAGGCUAUAGACUUUACAUCAAUGGUUGCAGGGAAGUCCUUAUCUGUGAAGCCAGCAAAGAUAGUAGCAGGUCAUGAACCAGAGAAAACAAAUGAGUUUUUACAGACUUUAGCUGCUGCUAUAAAUAAAGGGGUUGAUAAUGAUGAGUAUGUGGCCAAAAUGAACAAAGGAGGAGGGGAACCAAAGGAGGAAAAGAGGGACAAGUCAAAGGAGGGUAGUCGAGAGGAACGCAAAAAAAGAGACUCAGAGGAUAAAAAAGAUAGAGAUAAAAGUGCAAGUAGGGAAAAAAGUAGGGAACGACACAGAGACAAAGAAGAAAGACAUAAAGAUAGAGAAGAUCGCCAUAGAGACAAGGAGGAUCGCCAUAGAGAUGAUGAAGAUCGCCAUAGAGAAAAGAAAGAUCGCCAUAGAGACAAAGAGGGACGACACAGGGACAAAGAGGAUCGUGACGGAGAGAAGGAGGAGAGACACAAAGAUCGGGAGGAGAGACACAGAGAAAGAAAGGAAAGGAGGAAGGCACAGAAUGAAUCUUUGGAGAACAUAGGAGCCGCUAGACUGGAUUCUGAUACCAGUACUGCCUCAGACAUAGAUCUGUUUGAUGGAUUGUCUCAAAAUGAGGCUACAGAACAAGACACAGAAUCUCCACCACUAAAUUAUGAAUUACAGAAUAAUGCUAAUCUGUCAAAACUCAAUAGACCAGGGGCUGCAAGGCCUAGAGCUUCAAGACAAAGAGAGUUAAGGGAGGCAUCUGAGAGUUAUCCCCCAAAGGAGGAAAUAAGGAUGGCUGUCUCUGAAAGUGAGCAGAGCACACCAUCAAGUAGUGAACAGUCAAUCGCUGGUGAAGUAAACAUUGAGAGGAAUAGGAUGACAGGAACAAAGAGUCGCAUGGCAGUUCGUCAACAGAGUGAUGGAGUAGAUCCUCAUCAAGGUGGAACAAAGAGUAGAGCAGCAAGAAGACCUGCUGAAAUAGUAAAUGGUGACCAACAGGUUCAUUUCGGUUCAAAGAUAAAAGGUCAAAGAACAGGAAUAAUGGUACAGGUUGAGAAAAAUACAAGAUUUGACCCAAGCCAGACUAGGGUCAAGGAUGAGGUUGGGGGGUCAGUAGUGCAGGAGAAACAAGCAGACGGUUUAGAACAAUACAACAGACAACCUAAGGAGAGUGCAGCAGUCCAACUUCUUCAGAGCACAGAAAAAUCAGAGCAAGAGCAGAGUGUAGUCAUCACAAAGGGUAGAAGAGAAGGAAAACAUACAGGCAAAAAUGUUACCAAAGAAGAUUCACUGAGAGACAGAAAGAGUAGUAAAAGAGGGAGUCCUGAACAGGAGUCACCUAAAUUCAUCCCCAAGAAACACUCUAGAAUUGCAUUUGAUCAGGGAUAUAUGGAGAAAAAAAUUAGAGAAAAGAAAAGGCAAGGUUCCAUGUAUAGCAUUCAGAGAGACUGGAAAAAGGCUGAAAGAGCUAUGCAUAGCCGUGAGGUUGAUAGAAGGAGAUGGACUUCUAGAAAAGAGCUUGAUAGGGAGAAAGAUUAUCACCAAGAUGAAGAAAGUAAAGAGAAUGACCCUUCACAAAUGAAUGGAGAGAAAGAGGAGAGUCCUACCAAGUUAGCCCGCCCUUCCUCUGCCAAAGGGUCCAGGAGAAGACGUGAAGAAGAUGAACCUCCAAAGACAAUGCAGGCCUCAGAAGCUGGAGAUGAUAAUCUACCUCCCCAAGUCUCUGCCUCAAGAUCCCUGGCUCGUCCAAGUAGUGCUCGCCCAGCUCCACCAAGGAGGAAACAAGAAGUCAUGGAAAAUGAACCAGCAAUGAGACUGGGCAGUGGUAAGCCUAGCAAUGUGAUUGUGGAUGGAGGACGGGACUCUGAUGAGGACGAGGAUGAGACUUUUAUGGUGGAGGAGACAGCAGCUCCUCAGGAGCAGGAACAGGCCCCUCCCCCACAACAGGAGGAGGAUGAGGACGAGGAUCAUGGAGGACUUGUCAAGAAAAUGUUAGAAACAAAGAAAGAAUUGGAGUCCGGAAGUCAAGUCAAAAAAACAGAAAUUGAAAGACCAAAGAUCACUGAUGCCCAGCGAAUGAAACAACGACAACAGGUGCAGAAGGAAAUUGACAAGUUACGAGUCAGCAUCCAGACCCUGACUCGCAGUGCUAACCCCCUGGGUAAAGUGAUGGAUUAUGUACAGGAAGAUCUGGACUCUAUGCAGAAAGAGUUGCAGAGAUGGAAACAAGAGAACAAAGAGCAUUCAAUGGAGCUGAAGAGAGAAAGGAGUAUCACAGAUAAAGCUAUAGAACCUCUAAGGGCCCAACUUACAGAAGUAGAUCAGGCUAUUAAGGAUCAGCUGGAUCUCAUUGCUGCUGUAAAAUCCAAUAUCAUCCGAAACGACCAGAAAAUCGACAAAAUGCUCCGAAGUAUAGCCAAAUCCUGAUCAACCUCAGAUUUGUUGAGUUAUAGAACAUUAAGCAUUGUUUGGCAAUUUAUUGUAAAUUCAAACUGUGCUAGAGGGACCAAGAUACAUGUAUAAGAGUAUAAUGAUGCGUGUAUGUGAUGCUAGGAGCACAUGAGGUCUGUAUAAGUGUGGAAUAGCAUUAACAUUUCAGGGUUUAUAGUUGAGAUAGGUUAGUGAUUGGUAUUAUAUUUAGAAUGCUUUGGUCACUGCCUGUUUGGCCUGAAUGUUUACUAAUUUGUAUGGAUGAGAAAAUGUUAUUUAUGUGCAAGAGAGUGUGGUAUGUUUGAGUCAGAUCCUCUUUAUAGCUGUUACAAAAAAAGUUAAGAAUUCCACUUUUAUUUAAUUUUUUCUUUACUUACCAGUAUGUAUUGUUCUUCAACAACAUAAAUCCUUGUCACUUAGCAUGUAUUUUUCUUGAGGCACUGUUUUUAUGGCAGUAUAAAUAGAUCUGAUUAAGGUAGGUAUAAUUUGGUUGUGUAGUUUUAAUACUCGACAUUGUGAUGGUACGCAGUGUUUAUUCACAAUCGGAGUAAAUUAAAUAUUUUACAUUGAAAAUUCUUUGUCCUAGUAAAUAGACAGAAAAUAUACAAUACAUAUUGUUUGUACCAGUAAAUAGAUCUGAAAAAUUAUGAAUGAAAUAUUAGUACAAUAUAUAUGCUAUUAGAUAUAGAUCUAAGUACACAUUAUAUUUUCUUAUGAUCUUAUUUCCUCACAUAUUUACCUUGAUUUUCUUCCUCACAGAUGUGCUAGGUGCUGUGAAUAGUUAAGAUAUUACAUGUAACAGUGGGUAAACAAGACAUAUCAUGUUAUCUUUCUUAUCUGUGUUUAUACAUCUUUUACUUCAGCAUUAUGACACUGUUUAUUUUAAAUACUGUUGAGAUACUAUUGGUUGCUGCAUUUUCUGACAUUGUGUAAAAGUGUGUCAAGUUUUAUCUUAAAUACAUUUAAGUGCAAGUUUCUUUUCAUAAUUUUUUUCUUAAAUUCAAUUCUUUUGGGUGUUUGUCUUAUUUAUGUUGUUUCAAUUUACUUAAGUGAGGAUAUGAAGGGAAAAAAUAUCCAUAGUUUAAUGCACAGCUAUUGAGACACAAAGCAAUUCCUUGUUAAGCUUUGCAUUCUCAUUGAAUAUUUUUUUAUUUACAUUUAGAUCCUGCUAAUUUAUACCAGGAUUAUACAGAAUAUUUCUUUCAGCGUAAGCGUUUUGAUUUUUUUUUAUGUUUACAUUUAGUAGAAAUAUUAGAUCUAUGUCUUGUCACAAAUUAAUGUAUACUGACGUGUUGAAGUGUUGUGCUACAUGUAUAAAAAGAUAAUUAUUACAUUGUUAGAUAUUUAAAAGAUGUUGGAGUUUGUAAAACAUUUCCGUCCAUUUUUAAAGACUUGUUUUUGGUCAUGAAAUUGAAUAAAAUGUUUAAGACAAGUA